AAGGAGUGGGAUGUUUUUAUUUUUGUAUUUUGUUUUGAUGUCGUUGCUUCCGCAAUGGACAUGUAUUUCUUUCUACAGUUUACUAACCGUACAGUAGGUGGCGGUAGACACGUUAUAUUUGUGUAAAUGUCAGUAUACCAGAGAAGAAGAUGACGCUGUUGAACUGUCGUAGAGGGGAACAGGAAGUUCCGGGUGGAAAACGACAGAACUGUGUUGUUAUGUCGAUAGUGGUUGUGUCCGUUUCAACUGUAUUAUUGUAGGCCGACUCAGAUUAAGUCUGAGGCCGGUAACAUCAACAGUGAGGACAAACCCAGCCUGCCUCUCUCCUUCCACACUGAGUCCAAACCUACAGUCACUGGGUCUUUGAUUGUGACAGUGGAGCCCAGUUUGCACUGCAGGAUCCAGAGAUGGCAUCAGUGAAGCUGGAAGACUGCAGUCAAACACUGGAGCUGAAUGUCAACAUUAAAGAUGAAGAAGAGGAGGAGGAGAAGAUUAGGACAACUGUUAGUCAUGGAUACCAUGUUGAGACAUUCUCUACAUCCAGAGAGCAACAGCAGGAAGAUCACAGAGCUAAGAGGUCUCACCACUGCCCACAUUGUGGGAAGAUUUUCCCAUUUCUAUCGAAGCUAAAAAUACACCUAAGAAAACACACAGGAGAGAAACCGUAUUCCUGCUCUGACUGUGUGGCGAGUUUCUCUCAACUUUCCGACUUAAAAUCACAUGAACGUAUACAUACAGGGGAGAAGCCUUACGUCUGCUCUGACUGUGGAAAACGUUUUAAAACAUCAAAUAAGCUAAAAUCUCAUCAGAGAACACACACAGGAGAGAAGCCUUACGUCUGCCCUGACUGUGGAACUAGUUUCUCUCACCUUUCCAACUUAAAAACACAUGAACGUAUACAUACAGGAGAGAAGCCUUACUCCUGCUCUGACUGUGGAAAACGUUUUCAAACAUACGCUCAGCUAAAAGUUCAUCAGAGAACACACACAGGAGAGAAGCCGUACGUCUGCCCUGACUGUGGAACUAGUUUCUCUACACUUUCCAACUUAAAAUCACAUGAACGUAUACAUACAGGAGAGAAGCCUUACUCCUGCUCUGACUGUGGAAAACGUUUUAAAACAUCCGCUCAGCUAAAAGUUCAUCAGAGAACACACACAGGAGAGAAGCCUUACGUCUGCCCUGACUGUGUAACUAGUUUCUCUCACCUUUCCGGCUUAAAAACACAUGAACGUAUACACACAGGAGAGAAGCCUUUCUUCUGCUCUGACUGUGGGGCGAGUUUCUCUCAACGUACCCACUUAAAAAAACACCAACGUAUACACACAGGAGAGAAGCCUUACGUCUGCUCUGACUGUGGAAAAUGUUUUAAAACAUUAUAUGAGCUAAAAUCUCAUCAGCGAACACACACAGGAGAGAAGCCUUACGUCUGCCCUGACUGUGGAACUAGUUUCUCUCACCCUUCCACCUUAAAAUCACAUGAACGUUUACACACAGGAGAGAAGCCUUACUUCUGCUAUGACUGUGGGGCGAGUUUCUCUCAUCUGGGCACCUUAAAAACACACCAACGUAUACACAUAGGAGAGAAGCGUUACUUCUGCUCUGACUGUGUAAAAUGCUUCAAAACAUCAAAUGAGCUAAAAGUUCAUCAGAGAACACACGAAUGAGAGAAGCCUGCUUACGUCUGCUCUGACUUUUGGGUGAGUUUCUCUCACCAUAGCAUCUUAACACACCAAUGUAUACACACAGGGGAGAAGCCUUACUCCUGCUCUGUGGAGGGGUGGGUAAGUCAAACGUCUAACCAAAAGCUGCGUGUUUGAAUCUUAUCAAGGAGGACUUUAGCAUUAUAGCUCAUAGCAACUUUGUAACUACUUAUUACUUUUUAGCUAUGUUAUCUAAUCUUUUCCCUAAACCCAUUUAACUCUACCUUAAAACUUCUUAGGGCUGCAAUCCCGAUAACGGGAUCGAUAUGACAACAGCCAGUGAAAGUGCAGGGCGCCAAAUUCAAAAAAACAAAUCUAAUAAUUCAAAUUCCUCAGACAUGCAUGUCUUAUACCAUUUAAAAGGUAAUCUUGUUGUUAAUCCCACCAAAUUGCCAUUUUUCCAGCCAAAGAUAGGAGUCACAAAAAGCACAAAUAGAGAUAAACUGAAUCACUAACCUUUGAUGAUCUUCAUCAGAUGACACUCAUAGGACUUCAUGUUACACAAUACAUGUAUGUUUUGUUUGAUAAAGUUCAUAUUUAUAUAAAAAAAUCUGAGUUUACAUUGGCGCGUUACAUUCACUAGUUCCAAAAACAUCCAGUGAUUUUGCAUAGCCACAUCGAUUCAACAGAAAUACUCAUCAUAAAUGUAGAUGAUUAUACAAGGUAUACACAUGGAAUUAUAGAUAUACCUCUCCUUAGAGCAACUGCUGUGUACGAUUUUCAAAAAUACUUUACGGAAAAAGCAAACCAUGCAAUAAUCUGGGACGGCGCUCAGAACAAUAGUCAAAUUAGCCGCCAUGUUGGAGUCAACAGAAACCAGAAAUUACAUGAUAAAUGUUCCCUUUGAUGAUCUUCAUCAGAAUGCACUCCCAGGAAUCCCAGGUCCACAAUAAAUGCUUGAUUUGUUCGAUAAUGUCCGUUAUUUAUGUCCAAUUAGCUACUUUUGUUAGCGCGUUUGGUAAACAAUUCCAAAGUCACGAAGCGCGUUCCCUAAAAGCUGACGAAAUGUCCAAAAGUUCCGUAACAGUCAGUAGAAACAUGUCAAACGAUGUAUUGAAUCAAUCUUUAGAAUGUUGUUAACAUAAAUCUUGAAUAACGUUCCAACCGGAGAAUUACAUUGACUUCAGAUGAGCAAUGGAUCAGAGCUCCCUCUUUUAUGUGAACGCACGCGCAUGGUCAAAGAAUGGUCAGGUCAUGGCAGACCUGACUAAUUCCUCUCUCAUUCGACCCCCCUUCAGUUCUACAGACGGUUGACAUCUAGUGGAAGCCGUAGGAAGUGAAAACUCAUUCAUAUCUCGCUGUGAUUUCAAUGGGAUCUUGGUUGAAAAUCGACCAGCCUAAUAAUUUCCACAUCCUGUUUGGAUUUUUUCUCAGGUUUUUGCCUGCCAUAUGAGUUCUGUUAUACUCAGACAUAAUUCAAACAGUUUUAGAAACUUCAGAGUGUUUUCCAUCCAAUACUACUAAUAAUAUGCAUAUAUUAGAAACUAUGAUUGAGGAGCAGGCCGUUUACUCUGGGCACCUCUGUGCACCUUUCAUCCAAGCUACUCAAUACUGCCCCUGCAGCCACAAGAAGUUAAACCCCUCACCCGUAACCUAGCUAACGUUAGCAACAACAAAUUGGAAUUCGUAAGAAAUCAUACAUAUUACAAGUUCGUAACAUAUUGAAUGAAUAGCAAUGCGUAACAUAACAUAUGAAUUGUAAUUCUUAACAUCUGAUACGUCCUACAAGUCGUAUUAUACUGAACAACAAUCUAAACGCAACAAUUUCAAAGAUUAACAGUUUGUAUAAGGAUAUCAAUCAAUUGAAAUAAAUGAGGCCCUAAUCAAUGGAUUUCACAUGACUGGGCAGGGGCUCAGGCUUGGGUGGGA